GCUUGCUGCUCCAGCAUGACAUCAGGAGCGGGGAGCCAGAGCGCAGGCGCCGGGGAGGGGGAGCGAAGAUACAGGAGGCAGAGAGCGGUGCUCGCCAGCAUCCCCAUCGCUUCGGAGCGACUCCGGCGUGUCCCGGCCCCGCCCGGCAGCUCCCUCCGCCGGCCAGCGAGCCAGGGAAGGCAAGGAGCCGCCUCCCGCCCAGGGACCCCCUCCUGCCCCAUGCCCGGCACCAUGUCUGCGGGAGGAGACUUCGGGAACCCCCUGCGGAAAUUCAAGCUGGUUUUUCUGGGGGAGCAGAGCGUUGGGAAGACAUCCCUGAUCACAAGGUUUAUGUAUGACAGUUUUGACAAUACAUAUCAGGCUACAAUCGGAAUCGACUUCUUAUCAAAAACCAUGUACUUGGAAGAUCGGACAGUCCGAUUGCAGCUCUGGGACACGGCAGGCCAGGAGAGGUUCCGAAGCCUGAUACCCAGCUACAUUCGUGACUCCACAGUGGCUGUGGUUGUCUAUGACAUCACAAAUCUCAACUCCUUCCAGCAGACAUCCAAAUGGAUUGAUGAUGUCAGGACAGAAAGGGGAGGUGAUGUCAUCAUUAUGCUAGUGGGCAACAAGACGGACCUCGCAGACAAGAGGCAGAUAACAAUUGAAGAGGGAGAACAGAGAGCCAAAGAACUGAGUGUCAUGUUUAUCGAGACCAGUGCAAAGACAGGCUACAAUGUAAAACAGCUGUUCCGACGUGUUGCAUCUGCCCUUCCCGGCAUGGAAAGCGUUCAAGAGAAGAGCAAAGAAGGAAUGAUUGACAUCAAGUUGGACAAACCACAGGAUCCUCCAGCCAGUGAAGGAGGGUGUUCUUGCUAAUACAGAGCACAAGAUUGGUCAGCUUCAUUUGAUACCACACGCUUGUUGUGUUGCUUCCUAUUGGUUAGCUUCCUAAAGAAACAAAUUGAGUUAUCGGAUGGUGGAGGAUUUUUUUUCUCUCUGUCUCUAGGGAGGGGUGGGUGAAAAUGUUCAGAUUACAUCACUCUUAACAGCUGUUACUGAAACUUGCUAUUUUUUUGGUUUGGUUGUAAUAUAUUGUACUUUAUUAAAAUUGCCAAAACCAGUUCAACAUUUAAAAAGGAAAGUUUAAA